AUGGCAGAUGCUGAAAACAAGAAUCCCUCCUUCGAGGUCGAAGACUUGGCCAUUCCCUUUUCCAUCGGCCAGGAUGCAUGGGCAUCCUACAAGGAGCACCGUCCCGAGUAUCCCCAGUCCAUGUUUGACCUGUGGUUCGACUACCACCGCAAGCACGGCGGCAAGUUCGACGCCGCGCACGACGUUGGAGCCGGCGGCGGCAUCCUCUCCGCGACGCUUGCCCGGCACUUCGCCCGCGUCGCCGUCUCCGACCCUGGCUCCUCUAACCUCGCCCUCGCGCGGUCCGUCCUGCAUCCCGCCUCCCAAUUCACCUUUCACCUCAGCCCCGGCGAGGAGCCCUGGCUGCCGCCGUCCUCUGUCGACCUCGUCGCGUGCGGCGAGUCGCUGCACUGGAUGGACACGGAGCCCGCCCUCGCCGCCGCCGCCGCCUCCCUCAAGCCCGGCGGCACCUUUGCCGCCGUCUUCUACGGCCUCGGCAUGUACUUCCCGCAGGACCACCCGCGCCUCACGCACCUCAUGCGCGACGCCCAGCUCGACGCCUACCGCAUGUUCUUCGCCGACAGCCCCGGGCUGCAGCACGAGCGCGUGCGCAGCGCCCCGCGGCGGUGCAUGCGCGGCUUCAACAGCCUGGCCCUGCCGGACGAAGCGACGGGCGCCUUCCGCGACUGGACGCGGGUCAACAUCAACCUGCACGGCCGCGAGGACAUUGACGCGUUUCGGGCGCUGCCGGAGGAGGAGUUCCCGGUGGAGGAGGGCAGGGUCAAGGACUCGGAAAAGGUCAUCAACGUCGAGGACGAGACGUGGGGCCGCGAGGUCGACGUGGACUGGGUCAAGGGCUUCCUGGUCUCGCUGACGAUGCCGUACGAUCAGCGCUGCUGGGACCUGCCGUCGUGGGUCGAGUUUGAGCGCAUCAUCAACCAAGAGUUUGGGGGCAAGGUCAAGGCCGAGUGGCCGGUGUCGGUGCUGCUGGGCAGUAAGAAGUAG